GAAGCUCCACCGAGCGCCACAGCGCAAUUUAACUUGCGAAGUUCAUCGGGAAAAGCCGCAAUCUCCGAUUCGUUUUAUCCUCUGCAUGACUGUUGUCUUAUUCGUAACUAGACAACUGUACGUUGUAUCACUCGGUGUUUAGGUGUUUUUUCAAAGCUACAGAGGACAUCUUUUAUCAACAUAUAUAACCAAUAUGUUUGGAUUUUGGACAAUUGUUACUACAAAUCAAUGCUUUGUGGAAUAAUGGAGAGACACAACCCCGAAGGAAAUCCGACUGAAUCAGCGCACACUCCACUUCCUCUUCAUGUAGAUCUGCCCGCUGUGUGCAAAGUCAUCAUUGAGCUGAUGAGUCCGGGAGAGACCACAGAGAACGGGAUGGAGGCCACGGCUGUGGACGAGGGACCCCGUCCAUGUGAGGAGCGCAUGGGCCGGGCCCCUGUGUCCGCCCCCACAAAGCUGUGCGGCUACUUGCACAAACUCGGGGGGCCCCUGCGCAGCUGGAAGUGCCGCUGGUUCACGUAUGAGGAGGGGAAGUGCCAACUGUUCUACUACAGGACCCCCCAGGACGCCAACCCGCUGGGCCACGUGGCGCUAGCCCGGGCCACCUUCGGCUACCCUCUCCGAGGGGAUGAGGGCACCUUCCAUGUCCAGACUCCGGAGCGCACCUUUGUCCUUAAGGCACUGAACCGGCAGACCAUGAUGUACUGGCUGCAGCAGCUGCAGCUGAAGCGCUGGCAGCACAGGUCACGGACGUCUGCAGGGUCUGCGCAGCUCUGCGGGGAAACGGAGGCGGGCGACUGGAGGCUGACCCGUGGUUGCAGCGCAGAUGGCGACUUCCUGCCCGCAGUGAAGACCCCCACGGGGCUGGUGGGUGAGGCAGCAGCGGGAUUGCCAGCCCCGAAGCAACGCACCAUGUUCAGCAACGUCUCCUUCAAACACCCCCUGACGGAGAUCCAGAACUCCGUACACAGUCUAUGCCUGAGCGCCUUCCGCCUGGAGGAGCUUCCGGAAGCUCCAUCUCCCGCCACCGACCCGAAGAGCCUCUGCCCGCCAUCAGGUGACAUUGUGUCCCCGAAGCUGCCAGAGCCACCAGGCGAAGGAUGGCAGGAGGACCGGAGGUCGUCUUGUCUGUCUCUGUCCCCAUCCAUGUCCCUCCGGAGCAGGAGGAAGAAAAAGAGGGCCAUGUCAUCCACCAUGCCCGCGGACCUGAGGGACGUCACCAGCUCGGACAAGACCUUGGUGCUCUCGCUGGCUGAAGAGGUCAAAUCACAGAAGGAGCUGGUGUGGCUGCUGCACAAAGCACUGGAGGCGGCCCAACAGGAGAAGCGCUCCUGCGCCCAGUUCCUGUCGGCGGAGGGCGAGCAGGAGCGCCUGGAGCUGCUGAGGCACCGUGAGCGGCACGCUGCCGACCUGGGCACCAGGCUGGAGGCGCUGCGCAGUCAACGGGAGGCGCUGCAGCAGCGACUGGUGCAGCGCGACAGCCACGUGGCGGAGCUGCAGGAGCAGGUGCGGCUGAUGAUGGAGAAAGACCAAGCCAAGCAGGAGGUCAUCCUCCGGCUGAGUGAGCAGUUGGCCGCCUCCUCCAGUGAAGCCCACAAGAUGGUGUCAAUCAGCUGCAAGAGGGUGGAGACCACGCAGGAGGAGAUCGAGAACCUUAAGGACGACAUAGAGGCCUACAAGCUACAAAACCAGUUUCUGAACUCAGAGAUUUAUCAACUGACCAAGCUGUGGAGGAACAGCUCUGAGCAGGAGAAGAGCCUCAUGGUGAAGUGCGCCCACCUGGAGGCCCGCAGCUGCCAGAUGGAAAGCCGCUACCUGGGCGUGCUGCGCAAGUUGCAGGAGUGCAAGGGCCUGGAGGCUGGGGAGCGGGAGUCUGUGCGCCACCUGGUGGAGGAAGCGCUACAGCGGGAGGAGAAGGACCACCUCAGACUGGACCCAGUCAGGGAAUAUGAUGAAUAUGGCUUCAAGAUCAUCCCAGACUAUGAGGUGGAGGAUAUGAAGCUGCUAUCCAGGAUCCAGGCCCUGGAGAUCCGAUCCAACAACCUGCUGCAGCAGGAGGCAGAGGACCGGCCCCUGGACAGCCGGUGGGCGCAGUAUCUGGGGGGGCGGCCCUCGGGUGAGCUGGCGGUCUCGCCGGAACUGAAGGUGCUGAUGCGGAGUGGCGUUCCCGUGGCACUGCGUCCGCGUGUAUGGCGCUGGCUGGUGGGGGUGCGCACACGCUCGCUCCGGGAGCGCCACCCCAACAGGUACCGUGAGCUGUGUGGGCGGGGCCAAAGCUCAGAGCAUGCGGCCGCCCGCCAGAUCCAACUGGACCUGCACCGCACCCUCUCCAGUAACCGGCACUUCUCCACACCCACGAGCCCCACCCUGAAGCAGCUCCACCGCAUCCUGCUGGCCUUCUCCUGGCAAAACCCCACCAUCGGCUAUUGCCAGGGCCUCAACAGACUGGCUGCCAUCGCGCUGCUGGUGCUGGAGAAUGAGGAAGAUGCCUUCUGGUGCCUGGUGGCCAUAGUGGAAGCCAUCAUGCCCCAGGACUAUUACAGCAAAACCCUCAUGGCCUCGCAGGCUGACCAGCGGGUGCUGAAGGACUUCAUGGUGGAGAAGAUGCCUCGACUGAUGGCUCACCUCGAGGAGCACAAUGUGGACGUCUCCCUCGUCACCUUCAACUGGUUCCUGGUGCUGUUCGUGGAGAGCCUGACCAGCGACAUCCUGAUGCGAGUGUGGGACGCCUUCCUGUAUGAGGGCACCAAGGUGUUAUUUCGCUACGCCAUGGCUAUCUUCAAAUACAAAGAGGAGGACAUCCUGAAGAUUCAUGACAACGUGGAGAUUUACCAGUACCUGCGCUUCUUCACCAAAACAAUCACAGAUGGCAGGAGGCUUACGAACAUCGCCUUCAACGAGCUGAACCCCUUCCCCAAGAGGCUGCUGAGAAGUCGUCGGGCUCAGCACCUGGAGCGCCUGCAGAUCGAGCUGUGCGAGCUAGAGCGCCUCCAACAGGAGUUCGUAGCCAAGAGCAGCGAAGAUGCCACGCAGUGUGUGGACAAGGGGCUGGACACCACAGUCAGCGAGGAUGACGACGACUGAGAUGCUUAACACCCCCCAGAAGAUGGACACCUGUGCCGCUCAAAUUAACCCACAUCAUGUCAGCAAGAACUGCUGGCCAGCGCAGCAAACCUGGCACAGGCAGUAAAUGAACAAGCAAUGGCACGAACAAGCGACACGAGUGAUUUCACACCGUUUUAAGGCAAUUUAUUCAUCAUCAGUGCUUGCUUUUAUUUUGGUGAGGGAGGAAAGCUGAAGUGACACCAUGGAGCCACUAGAGGGCAGUCAUAACAGUAGUGCUGACACAUUUGAGUGAAACAUCAGAUUUUACAAUGAAAUACGGCCCUCGUACUCUGCACUGAAAAGACACUUUAUCUGUUACCUUUGUAUGCAUGAGAGGUUUGUUACGCUUAUGGCCAACCUUAAACACACUCACAGACUCCGUAAAGUAUAUUCUAACACAUACAUAAAUAUACAUAAAAUCCUGGUUGCACUUCUGUCCACAUGCAUAUUUUGAUAUUUUUUUAACAUACAUUUGUAAAUAAAAAGAUGCAAGGCAGCAAGUGCUAUUUAUACAUUAAACUACUUUAAUUAUUUUGGUAA